UUCAUAUAGCCGCUAUAUCUAGGACCGCACAGUAUAUGUUCCGUCGAUCGUUUACCUGUCGCCCUCUUACACUCUCUAGCCUCUGUAUGUACCACCAAGGUGCCGCAGUCCUGUCAUCUGCAAAGCUUCGUUUGAUGUUCGCCAUUUAUAUUGCCACGACAUUUACCACGUUGAAUAACUUUUGUGGCCUACUUUGAUCGGCUUUGCUUCCAUCACUGCUACGCCUCCCCUCCCAAUAACUACUAACACACCUAGCGCCCACCGUUUACCACCGUUACUACAGUUCCCGUUUACCCAGCUAUACCCCUAUGUCUCUCGUCACCAACACCCUCGAGAAGCCGGACCUCGACGACCGGUCAUACCGUGUGAUCCGCCUCGCAAAUGACCUCGAGGCGCUCUUGAUCCACGACCCGACCGCUGACAAGGCCGGCGCUGCUCUCGAUGUGCACGUCGGGUCAUUCCAGGAUCCGACCGUGGCCGGGGUCCCGUUGAGUGGGCUUGCGCACUUCAACGAGCACCUCCUCUUCAUGGGUUCCGAGCCGUUCCCGUCCGAAAACGCGUACUCUGACUUUCUCGCGAAGAACGGUGGACACUCGAACGCGUACACUGCCAGCGAACACACCAACUAUUACUUCGAGGUUAACCACGAGCACCUUGCAGGCGCCCUCGACCGCUUCGCGCCGUUCUUCACCGCGCCGCUAUUCUCCCCCGACUGCAAGGACCGCGAGAUCAAGGCGGUCGACUCGGAAAAUAAAAAAAACCUCCAGAGCGACAUGUGGCGCUUGUACCAGUUGAACAAGUUUCUCUCAAACCCCGCUUACCCGUACCACAGCUUCCUGACGGGUAACCUCGACACGCUCCACGACGUGCCGCUGCGCGCGGGUAUUGACGUGCGGGAGGAGUUAAUCGCAUGGUACCGCGCGCACUACUCGGCCAACAUUAUGAAGGUUACCGUCUUGGGCCGCGAGAGCUUGGACGUGUUGCAGGGCUGGGUCACGGACCGAUUCAGCGCCAUACCCAACAUUGAGCGCGCGUCGCUCGACUACGCGGGCGCCGUCCCGUUCCCGCGCGCGCAUCUCCUGCAGUUGAUCCGUGCACGCCCGGUCAAGGACAAGCGCUCGCUCGAGCUCCUGUUCCCGGUGCCCGAGCAGCAUGCGAACUGGGCGUCACAGCCGUCGAGCUAUUUUGCGCACUUGGUCGGCCACGAAGGCAAAGGCUCGUUAUUGUACCGCUUGAAGGAGCAGGGCUACGCCACCGGGUUGUCAGCCGGCGCACAGGAGAUCGGCGCCGGUGCUGCGGUCUUUGGCGUCGAGGUUGACCUCACCCCGAAGGGGCUCCAGCACUAUGAGGAGAUUGUCGUCAGUGUCUUUGAGUACCUCGCGAUGUUGCAGCAGGAGGGACCCCAGGAGUGGAUCCACGCGGAGCUCAAGACCAUUGGCGAUAACGGGUUUAAGUUCCGCCAGAAGUCGGCGACCGCGUCGACCGUUUCCGACUUGGCCGGCAAGUUGCAGCGCGAACACAUUCCGCGCAACUUCCUCCUCAGCAGCUCCAAGCGUCGCGAGUGGAGCGCCGCCAAGACCAGCGAGUUCCUUGGUCAUUUGAACGCAACCAACUUCCGAAUCACGUUGGUCGGCCAGGAGCUCGAGGGGUUGGAUCUCAAGGAGAAGUGGUACGGCACGGAGUAUGCGGUUGAUCCGUUGGCCACGGACUUCUUGGCCAAGAUUGCCGCUGCUAGGCCUAGCCCGCACUUUCACUUACCGGGACCGAAUCCAUUUCUCCCAACAGACUUUUCCGUGAAGAAGGUCGAGGUGGAUGUUCCGGCGAAGCGUCCGCAUUUGGUUGUGGCUUCCGCAAACGGGGGGAAGAAGCAAGCUAACGGUUCCGCAAAGAGUUUGGAUUCCGUCUCCUCGCUUUGGUUCAAGAAAGACGACCAGUUCUGGGUUCCGAAGGCCAACAUUCUGAUGGUGUUCCAUCUCCCCAUCACCAACGCGUCCGCCCUCAAUGCUUCCCUCAUGUCGCUCUACCUCGAGCUCGUGGAGGAUGAGUUGGACGCGCUUUCCUACGAUGCGUACCUCGGCGGCCUCCACUACGACGUGUCGCAGUUCCGCGACGGGUUCCAGGUCAAGCUUCUCGGCUACAACGAGAAGCUCCCUGUGCUCAUGGAUCAGAUCUUGCGCACCAUCAGACAUUUCACCCCGCGCAAAGACCGCUUCACCAUCAUGAAGGAGAAGUGCGAGCGCCACUUGAAGAACUUUGGCUUUGGCGUGCCCUACAACCAGGUCGGCCAGUGGUCGAACACCCUUCUUCACGAGCAGACCUGGAGCAUGGACGAGCGGAUCGCGGUGCUUCCCCAGGUGACGUACGACACGUUGCUCGGUUUCAUCCCGUGCAUCUUCCAGCAGGCGUCGAAGGAGCUCCUCGUGCAUGGAAACUACGAGCAGGAUGAGGCGGUGGUCAUCGCGCACACUGUUAACGCGAUCUUUGCCGUCCCGGAGCUCUCCGAGUCCCAUGUCACCAGCUUGCGGUCGUACCUCUUGCCCGACGGCCAGACCUUCCGCUACGAAAGAGAAAUUCCGGAUCCAAAGAACGUAAACUCCGUGAUCGAGUACUUUGUGCAAACAGGGUUGGUGAGCAAUACGAGGGUCGCCGCGUUGUCCGAUUUGCUAGGACAGGUGAUUCACGAGCCAUGCUUCAACCAAUUGCGAACCAAGGAACAGCUCGGAUAUGUCGUGUUCAGCGGGGUCAAGACGACCAGAACAACGCUUGGGUUGCGGGUGCUUGUGCAGUCUGAGCGCGAGACCAAGUACCUCGAGAGCCGGAUUGUAAACUUUUUGAACAGGUUUGCCGACAAAAUCGCCGCCUUUACCCCUGAAGAGUUUGCAAAGCACGUGGAUGCGUUGUGCGCGCAAAAGCUCCAGAAGAAGAAGAACUUGACUGAGGAGUUUAGCUCGUUCAACCACAAGAUCAUGGAUGGCUUCUACGACUUUUACGGCAACGAGGAGUGCGUCAAGUUGUUACGCGAGAUCUCGCAGCAGGAGCUCUUGGCGUUCUACCGCACGACAAUCUUGGGUGACUCUGCUGCAAAGUUGGUGGUCCAUUUGAAGUCACAGGCUCCGCCAGUACAGCCCGUGGCCAAGAUCGUCACCGCUGCCGUGUUGAACUACUUGGACGGCAAGGUUGAGAUCUCGUCGAAGAAGGUGGAUGAGAUCAUCGCGGGUGCCGACCAGGAGUUUGCCGAGUCCUUGCCAACCUUGGUGGCCACCAUCGCGAAGAACGUUGAGGGCGACUUUGCGCAGGCAGAGCUUAUCGAGUGCAUCCGUGCGGACUUGCGCGAUCCGGUCCCCGUCGGGUACCCGUCAGGCGAGGUGGUUGCAAACAUUGGCCAGUUCAAGUCGAUGUUGGGGCUCACCCGCGCGCCGCAGCCGGUUGUUCCGUUGGCGAAGUACACGGAAGUAUGCGAGAGCAAAUUGUAGACGUAAAUGAAAAUUGACAAAUAAUUGAUUAAAGUGAUGUAUUUAAAGCCAAGAUAUUGAAACGGUUGAUAUUUUCUGACGUUUCGCUGAAAUAUUAAUCUACGCUUGAGGUCAACAAACCGCCAGG